AUGGCACCCCACGCAGAUUCAGACAAACCCGAUGUCGUAGCUCCAAACGAGCCGGGAUUAGAUGAGCCCUCCGCAGCCCUGCAAGUUGGCAAAUUCCCCAAACCACCAAAAUUCGCUGACAAGUACGAAGAACGUGAAUAUCUCAAGGGUCGUCUUGCCGCAGCUUUCAGGAUCUUUGGAAAGUUUGGCUUCGAUGAGGGAGUGGCUGGUCACAUCACUCUUCGCGAUCCUGUGGAUCCAGAGACCUUUUGGGUCAACCCAUUCGGAGUUGCAUUCUCGCUGAUCAACAAGUCUGACCUGAUCCACGUCAACGAAGAAGGCGAUAUCAUCGGGGGUGGCGAGACCAGGCUUCUCAACACAGCAGCAUUCAUGAUUCACAGCGCCAUCCACAAAGCAAGGCCUGAUGUUAUGGCUGCUGCACACAGCCACAGUAUCUAUGGCAGAUCCUUCUGCACGUUGGGCAGGACGCUGGACACUAUUACACAGGACGCAUGCUCAUUCCAUGGAGAUCACGUCCUGUAUGAGUCGUUCAACGGCAUUGUUCUUGCAGCUGAGGAAGGUGAGAACAUUGCCAAAUGCCUCGGCAACAAGAAGGCGGCGUUGCUGCAGAACCACGGCCUGUUGACAGUCGGCAAGACGGUGGAAGAGACGGUUUUCUGGUUUGUGUCUCUCGAGAAGUGUUGUCAGGCACAGCUGCUAGCAGACGCGGCAGCAGGAGGUCGAGGAGGUGAGACCAAGAAGAUCGACGAAGAGGAUGCGGUGUACACGUUCAAGGCGAUUGGGUCUCCUAUGGCAGGAUACUUCAGUGCCAAGCCGCUUUUCGAUGUGAUCCACAAGGAGACAGGAGGUGACUAUCUUCAGUGA